UAAAUACCGUUAGUUGGAGAGUCACUCUUCACUUUGCACAGAAUCCUGCAAAACCAUGAUGUACUUCAGCGUUAUACUCUUGCUUGCAGCAGCGCUGCAUGUGAGAGCAGACGUAAUGACCACCUGCGAAGGAGCCAACGUCCAGCGUAUCUCUUGUGCCUCCGGGGUCCUUCGGGUGAACAGCAUUUUCUUUGGACGUGAAGAUUCUUCGACCUGUGCUGAGGGAAGACCUGCAGACCAACUCACAGAGUGCGCUGAGGAUGAUUUUACGGGGAAUAUCUUCAAGAACAGAUGUCAUUUACACAAGGAGUGUGAAAUCCAGAUGCAUGCCUGGGGAGCCAGUCGCUGCCCGGGAAUCCACCGAUAUCUUAAGACUACGUACACCUGCAUACCAACAAAACGUGCUGUGGCCUGUGAGGGAAGCGCUGUUCACCUGCAGUGUGAUCCAGGCAAGACGAUAUUUGUGCUGCAUGCUGAUUACGGCCGCAGUGACCACACCGUUUGCUCUAGCGGUCAACCUUUGUUUCGCGUCGAAAAUACUCAAUGCUCGAGACGUACUUUUAAAGUUGGAGAGAGAUGCAACGGUAGAAACGCAUGCUCCGUCUACGCCACCAAUGACAUUUUUGGGGAUCCCUGCGAGGGCACGCAUAAGUACCUGGAGGUGGAGUAUCAAUGUACCAAUUAAUUCACAAGUCCACGCAGCAGAUCAAGCGAAUCCAUGCACCUUUAGAGUUGCAAUGCGCUGUAAACAAUGAAGAUUAAAGGCAACGAUCGGUGACUGAUGUGCUAACAUAACGCAAGUCACCAUUCAGGACCAUAUCCACCACACUGUCA